UCGCAAGCCCAUUCAUUGAUUAGCUGACACUAAACCGAAUCGAAAUGGGGCUAACCCUAUUUAUAGUCUGCCUGUGGGUGGCUCUCGUUUUGGGACAACUGCCUCCUGAGAUUGAGAAGUGUGAGGCUGGCGAUUCCAUCUGCGUGGCGGAAACAAUAACGCGAAUACUUCGUCUGUUCCCCAAGGGGCUAUCCUCCAUUGGAUUGGAGGCUCUCGAGUCUAUUUCGUUUGAGGAUGUUGUCGUCAGUCAGAUAGAGCCCGGUGACCCCGCGACGUUGGACCUGAGAUUCCACAACCUAACCGUAAGGGGAUUCGCGGACGCUACGGUGGCGGAGGCGAAGGGAUUCGACGCGGAGCUGCCGCGUGUCCUGGAGCUAAGCGGCUGGAUUCCAUUGUUGAAACUGGAUGGGUUUUACGAGAUGCACGGCAGUCUGUUGACUAUGCCCAUCCAGGGAAAGGGCCAUGCUCUGGUUGAGAUCAAGGAGUGCCGAUUCCGCUGCAAGUUGAGGGCGUUGGAGCAACUUCGCGGAGAUGGCGGGCGAUAUGCUGAGAUAGCCAAGGUAAAGUGCUUGCUGGAUGUGCAGGGCAUACAUCUGAAUUUUGAGAAUCUCUUUGAUAAUCCGGAGUUGAGUCACGCCAUGAACGAUGUGGCCAACGCCAAGUGGCUGGAGAUUUGGCAUACCCUGCGCAAGGGCAUCACUUCCGCAGUGGACCGACUGGUUGAGUCGAUUCUAAACAAAGUGACUAGCAAGUUAUCAUAUGACGAUUUCUAUAGAGUUUAGACGUUCGAGUAUUCUCUUUUUUCCUUUAUUUGUUAGAACGUAAAUCUGUUCUGUUGUUUAGAAUGUGAAAUAUACAUUGCCUGAGUGCUGUUUUAAUUGGA